AUUCCCACUCUGUGUAAAUAAGGUCAUAGCUAUGGUUAUGAAUGCAUACUGCAUUGUAGUUUUAUUAUAUAGUUCUUAAAUAAUUUUCUGGUCCGUGUAUUGAUGAUAUCUUAGUUAAAAAGUAAUUUAUUUGUUAUUAAUUGACCGUCAACAUUUUUUAAAACUAAUUUAUUAUAUAUAACCUAUAUACUUUACACAAUGAGUACCGAAAAGAGCGAGAAAAGUAGCCCCAUCAAAUAUUUCGUGUCAGGCGGAUUUGGAGGAAUUUGCACUGUGGUAUCAGGACAUCCUCUUGAUACUAUUAAGGUCAGACUACAAACGAUGCCUACACCCAAAAAUGGUGUACAACCGCUGUAUAAAGGUACCUGGGAUUGUGCCACGAAAACUGUGAAGAAUGAAGGUUUCACUGGGCUGUACAAAGGAAUGGGCGUGCCAAUUGCCGGGAUCGCACCGAUAUUUGCCAUCAGUUUUUUUGGCUUUGGGCUUGGAAAGAGACUCCAGCAAAUAGACAAUGACAAACCUCUGACGCUGCCACAGUUGUUCUUCGCGGGAGCCUUUUCAGGAGUUUUCACGACGACGCUUGCGACCCCCGGAGAAAGGAUCAAGUGCUUACUGCAGAUCCAGCAAGGAAGUGGUACCCCUCAAAAAUACUCCGGUCCUGUUGAUGUUGUGAAAAAAUUGUAUAAGGAAGGUGGCCUUCGAAGCAUUUACAAAGGAACUGCUGCUACGCUGUUGCGAGAUGUACCGGCAAGUGGCAUGUACUUCAUGACGUAUGAGUGGAUACAGCGGGUUUUCACCCCACCAGGAGGGUCUGUCAAAGAUGUUGGCUUCCUAGUCACCAUAUUUGCGGGAGGCAUGGCGGGCAUUGCAAACUGGAUGAUUGGCAUGCCUGCUGAUGUGCUCAAGAGCAGACUUCAGACUGCCCCAGAAGGCACGUACCCCAAAGGCAUGCGUGACGUGUUCAAGGUGCUCAUCAGGCAAGAAGGCGUGACUGCCUUGUAUAAAGGCAUUGUUCCUGUGUUGCUGCGAGCCUUUCCAGCAAAUGCUGCCUGUUUCAUUGGUUUUGAGGCAUCAAUGAAGUUCCUGAAUACUAUAGCACCUAAUUUGUGAGAAAUGCAUCGUUCACACUCUGUUCCCAUUAGUACCUUCGGUUUAAUUUUUUGAGUAUAUAAACAGAAUGAAAGUGUUUGAGUUUGUUUUUCUUUUUACAUAAGGUUUUAUAUAUGUUAAUAAGUUUAUACCAGAGUGUCCCACAAAGCUUUGCUCUCUACUUGUAUAGUCCUCGUUUGUAUAAUCACUUUUGUUCAGUUGAUUGUAGUUAUGAUAAGGACUUCAAUAACUAAAAAGUAAAUUGCUAUUGAAGAUUACGAUUGUAAGAAAGCAGAAUUUGAUUAUUCUGUUUUGACACAAAGGAAUGUAAAGUACUUCGUACAGGUUUGAAGUAAGUUUUGUUGUAAGACCACUGGGGUUUUCAUCUGUUCAUAAAAACAUGUUUAUAUAAGGAUUCACAGUGUCUGAAUUUUCUGAUGUAACCAAAUAUGUAACAUUUACAGUGUCACUGUGCAUGUUGUGCUUAGGUAAUUUUGAGAAUUUACCAACUUCAAGGAUAGUUUUUUCAGUGUGUUUGCAUUAUAAAAUCCACAGAUAUGGUAGCAAUUUGCUCUCUUGACUGGCAACAAAAUUUGUAGGAAUAUCAAUCAGGGUGUCCACCAACCAUGAAAACCAGUAAAACUGGGAAAAUUGCAGGGACUUGACCAGGAACUUACCGGGAAAAAAACCAUAAAUUUCUAAAUAAUUCUGUUAGUUCUAAAUAAUUGUGGUAGUAAUUAAUGCUUUCCUUUUUUUUUUACGAUGGGUGAGAACAUUUUUUCCCCCCCAUUCCAUUCCACCAGGCCAACAGGAAACGUCUUUGUGAGGGAACACGUGUUGCUGGAAUCUCAGUAGAGUGACAGUGCAACGCGAAGGAUGCGAUGCAGUAGAAAAAUAUCCGGAAGUAUGCCUGCGGCACACCGUUCCCCCUUAACGUUGUAACAGCCGCCGGCGAUGGUUAUCUCAAUCUUGUCACCUUGGUUGACAGAAAAGGUGUUUCAGAGUGCAAACAAAGGUUUUCCGUGCAUGGCUCACACUGCACAGCGUGCACCCUUCUUAGCAUUCCACGUCUCGCCCGCUCACGCGAGAGAGACUUAACCUUCUUGACCUCUUCGGAGUGCUAUGUAUUUAACGGCCCCUGUCUAAUGAACUAAAAUUUUAAGGAAAAUUUGUUUCAUUUUCCUGAUUGUAUCAGUGUCAAAUGGACUUAGCGCUCGUUAAAGGAUACAUUUGUGCUGCGUUUAUGCUUGUUUUUGGUGAUGGUCUAUCCAAUAUGAUUUCUUGGGCAUCUUUCCUCUUCGGAAGAUGUCUACUAUUUAAAAUAAAUAUAUAUUUUCUUUUGAAAACUUGUUGACUUUGUGCCAGAGACAAUGUUGCACUUCCCUUCGCUCACCGAACUAUCCGAACUCACCGAACUUACGGAACUAGCGGAGGCUGGCGUCACAGCUUAAGUACCUGAGGUGCCCUUCUCGAAGGGACGAGAGAGGCCGUGACAAAGUCGCGUCAUCCUGGGCCGACCCGACGCCUGACAUAUCGAGAAAGGCUGUGUUUAUUCACGCCACUCCUUGCAGCAGCUUCAGUAGGCCCAGAAUUCCCUGGCUGAAGGUGAUAAUAGCCCAAGGCGGGGCAAUGCGCGGGGAGUGGAGGGGGAGGGUGUAGCGAGGACCCUUGUAAUCCAACCAGGCACACGGGGUAUGUCUUACGUCAGUGGAUACAGAUGACACUGCACGUAAUGACAGUGGCCAUGCAAGGCCGCCAGCUAGCUCCGAACCUGGCACAUGUCACGGUCCUGUCUGUGUUCGUAACACAGCCCCCUCCUUAAACCUGUUCAUCCAGAACAGGUAACGCAUCCCUUCUGGCAUAUUCCCUCAAUCUGUCCAAAUGUACCACUUUUAUCCAUCCCCUCUUUCCUCUCUGGAUGUGGUAGACCACAUCAUUUAGCCUCUUCAAAAUGUCAUACGGGCCUUUUCAUGCUGCUUUAAGCUUAGGGCACCUUCCCUUCCUUCGUUGCGGGUUGUACAGUCACAACAAAUCGCUCUCCUGAAAUCCGGUUGAGUUACCCUUCAAGUCGUACUUUGUCUUCAUUUGAUUUGAUGGCAGGUUUCUUCAUGUAUAAGAACCAUUCGCUCCUCUAGAUGAUUCACAUAUCAGUGGUGCAUUCACAGAUUAUUGUUUUGAAACUGCAAACAGAAUAAAAUCUGCCUGGAUUUAUGCAAAAACGAAACUUUGUUGCUGAGAAAUGAUUUUGGAUAGUGGGGAGUGGGUUAGCUAAUUACUAAUAACAUUAUUGUCAUAAAUGUUACUUUUUAAUUUUAAAUUUGCACAGAGCCAACUGACGUUUUAGAAAUUAUAUUUGGACGAGGAGACUAGUAGUGUUGUCGGUGCGGACCUCUACUGCCCGUAGAGCUGUGCUGUGCUGCUUGCGGGUGUUCACAGUGCAGAGGGCGGGACCAGGUUAUGGUUGUCCCGUGCCGCUGGGCUGGGUCCAGAGUCGGCGGGAUGUGGUAGAUCAGAGAGGGACCCUGUUGGUCACCUACUGUUUUGGUCCGUCGGCUGGUUGGACGGGAAUCCUUCUUUUCACAGACGAGAGAGCCAAACGCCCCAUCGUGCAUCUUCUGGGUUUUUUUGUUCAUUGUAAACAAAUAUGGCGGUGUUGAUAAAAGGAUGCUAAUGGUCAAUUAGGUUAGGUUAGCUACAUUAUAAAUACUUCAAAACAUUGUGGACGGUUGAUUUGGUUAGGAUAGCUACAUAAAAGAUACGGCAAAAAAGCAUGAACUUCGGGGAACGUUGGGUUUUGGCUCUCUCGUCUGUGAAAAGAAGGCUUCCCCUGGUUGGACGGGGUCUGCCCCGGUGCUCCUGGCGAGGCUUGUCUGGGCACAGAGGGCGGGAAAGAAAGGCGGGUGUGGUCGGAUACUGGCCAGGGGGAGUGACGGGAAGCUGCCAGCUGCUAGGCAGGGAGCUAGCCGAGGAGAGAGAGGAGCCUUGAAUAUCAAACCAGUAGUUCUUUACGAUGCACCACUAGCCAGCUUCACUGAUGAACGUGAGUCACAGACACCCAACAGCAAGGUAGCCAGUCCUUGGUCCUGAUGGACAGGCCUGAGUUGACCCGGGUCAACGCCCGCCGCCGGGAAGUCACGGUAGUCCAGGAAUAUUAGUCAAAUGAGGGCAAGUAUCACGGAAUGAGAGAUAGUCAGCUAUAAAGUUGUAUAAACCUCUAUUUUGGCACCCUAACUUAUCGUAGGGUGUGUGCGACUGCAGAUAUUCCAAGGUCAAAGGUCAACAAAUAAAUUUUUUUUUACACAUUUAUUGCAAAUAUCUUGUUUCCUAUGGGUUUUAUGCUAUUUGUAUUCAUCAUAAAUAUUGUAGAGGAUUAAAUUUUCUACAACCUUUGUUUAAACCUUUUUUUUAUAUCUUGAACCAAGUUUAUAGCUAUCUCUCAUUCUGAGGUGAAACCCCUAAUAUUCCUGGACUGCGAUUCCAAUUAUAAAAACAUUGGGGGCUGCCUGUUGAUGAGACACAUACCACAUGAUUCUACCCGAGUGGAGAUAGUGUAAAAUGUUUCACCCGCGGCCACUGUCCCACCGCCAUAUCCGGGCCAAGGACUGUUCAGUGGUGCGCCCGUGUCAAAACUCUUGGUGGGAAGUCGGGCAGUGUGGUUUUAUUUAGUGUCUUGUUGUUGUGUGCCACUAUUGUUACUCGUGAAAUAUUUAUUCAGUAUGUUCUCUAAAUACUGUUUGUUGUCUAAAUGAGUUAUUGUGUAUAUCAUGCUGUACAAAUGUGAUUUAAUGUAACAUAAAAUAAGUAUUUGUAAACUACAAUUUGACCUUUGCAAAGGAAUAUUUGGGUACUGGUCUUCAAAUUCACAUUUUAAGUUUUUUUUAAUCUGGUUUGUGCUUGAGGCAAUUUAUUGAAGAAUUUUAAUUUAUUGAAGAAUGUGUCACACUAUUUUUAUAAUUUAUAUUUUAUAAAUCCAUAAAAAUGUUUUAAAAACUUUCAGUGAAACAAAUAAAAGAUUUAUUUACAUUAAAACAGUAAAGCUACUACAGUGAUGUAAGCAGUAAAAGAAGUUUCUGUAUCUUUUCCCAUGAACAUAAAAAUUAGGGAUGGGACGAAUCCACAUUUUGGUCGAAUCCGAAUCUUUGUUCGAAUCCUCAGUGUUUGUCAUCGAAUCUCGAAUCCCAGUCCCACACUAAAAAACUUCACCACAUGUUAUUAAAAAAAUCACACAUUUAUUUUAAUAAAUUACAUAGGCCUAUGUAUUAAAAAAAUCACAUGUGUAUUUAUAAAAUCAUAAAAUAAGUGCAUAGUGUAUACACCUGAUAUAAAAUAGAAACAAAUAACCUCAAAAACCACACACGGAAGUUUGCAUCUGUCUAAUUCUCUGUUAAUUUCAAUAAAAUAUAUUUGUAUAACAGACACCAUUAAAAAAAAGUUACGUUUUUUCUGCAAUGUUAUAUUAUUGAAGGUUGGAAAUGAUCGAGUAGUUAUGCUAAUUGACAAAAUGCAGUGUAGUUUAUCUUAUGUUUGUGCUAUUUCCGUUACCUUUAUAAUAUAGUUUAGGUAUACAAUUUUCUAGAGCUGGACGAACCUCAGUUCUCUGGUAUCGAACCAUAGCAAACAAAUUUCGAAACCAUCCUAACCGAACCUCAUACAGAAACAAUUGUUUUGAAUUAAAAUGAACUGACCACCAGCAUUUUGGUCUUUAACUGAAUGGUGAGAAAGAAAGGUUCUCCAGCCAUAUGUAAAAUUAAAACAUUAUAUAGCUUAACUUUAUUAAAACAUUGCAAAACAUUUUAUAAGUAAAGUUUAUGCAAUAAAUCAAUAAAUAAUGAAGGAAAGAAAACAGUUGAGAGAAAAUCAUUUUGCAUAUAAUCUAUUUAUAUAGGUAUAUACUUUUAAUUCAUAAAGAAGUUUCAUCUAAAUUUCAAAAAGACUAUCUUCCUUUUUCAGUGUACACUAACCUUCAUUAAAAAUAAAUAAAUAAAUAUAUAUAUAUAUAUAUAUAUAUAUAUAUAUAUAUAUAUAUAUAUAUAUAUAUAUAUAUAUAAAGAUGAAGAACAUUCAGCAUAAGGUCACAUAACAUAUUUUUGUGGUAGACAUAACCUAACAUUUUUAAUAAGUAAAACUUUUUAAUAGGACAUUAAAAAAAAGUCGAAUGUGAAUUAAGUUACCUAUCUACAUUACAAAACCCGCUGACUGCAGUUGCUGUUUUCUUGGAAGAAUGCUGCUCGUCAGAAGAAACUUUAGACAUUUUUUUGGGGUGGUUCUGGGUCAUCUGGGUCGUCAUUAUCUUUUCUCCAUUUGGAAAACUUAAAAGACGUAAGCCUGCUCAUCGCAAAUCACCUCAAGAACAAUAAUAUUGUAAACGUAACGUAAGAAUAAUUAAUUAUUGUGGUCAUAGAUAUUUGCGUCGGAAAAAAGAAAACACAAAAAAUAAUGAUGGCUGCCGCGACUACGCUAGUCAACUUAGUACCGUACUGUAAAAUUUACUGGACCAGUACUUUUAAUACACAAGAUUAAAUUAAUAUUUUCAGUACCUGACUGUUAUAACCAAAAAGGCCAAAGAAAAUAAAUACAUCCCAGUAAUUUAAAAUACGUAAUUUACGUAAUCAUUUCCUACCGCAGUUGUCUUGUAUUAACUUGAUCACGUUAGUUUUGCCGAAAUACGAGAGUUAUCGUACAUGCGCUUUAGUUUAACGUAUUGGGUACGCAAUCUUUGGUGAUUUUACAAUACUUCUCGUACACGCACUAUAGUUAUAGGUAUAAUAUACGAUACCUUUGGCAUUUGUACGAUAGUUUAUAUUACGUAGUACGAGAAAUGCAUACAAAAUUCUCUAAAGUAAACAAAAAACAAAGCGCGCCUAUAUGAAAAAAUGCUAUGGGAGUUAUGCGACGAUUAAUAAAUUUUUAUAUUAUUUUGUCUGCGCUUGAAACUGUUGAGACGACGAUUAUGCGAUAAAAGUCGGAAUAUUACAAGUAAUGAUAUUUUGUUGUGCUGUGUUGUGAAUGGUCUCAAAUGGGGGUUAGAAAAUAAGAAAAACGUAAUUUUUUUUUAAACGAACGUUCGGUUUUUCGCAUAUAUUUUAAGAGGUUUCGAACCGAACCGAACGUAAGGGUUCGGUUCGGUUAGAAAUUUUCUAACUUCGCCCAGAACUACAAUUUUCAAUUACUACCUAAAACUCUUAAAAACCCACCUCGAAUCCCACCUCGAAUCUCACCUCGGAUCCUACGAAUCCUCGAAUCCAUAGGAUUCGGUAUAUUCGACGAAUCCAAGAUUCGAAAAUCCCAUCCAUAAUAAAAAUGGUUAUGAAUCUUUCUUCUUUACUUUAAAUUUUAUUAACUGCUACAUAUGUACUAUUUUUGUGUCUUUUUCCAUUUUAAAUUUGAAAUUUUAGGUUAAAACAUUACUUAUGCAAAUGUGUUAUAACUUCAAUUGAUAUAACCAUUUUAGAUUAUUUUUUUCUAAUUUACUGAAUUAAAACUAUAUUGCCAUUAUUUAUGAUACACUACUUAGAAUUGUAUGGACUGCUGCUAUUGUUACUGCUUUAAAAAUUACAGUUUAAAAUGAGUAAAUUGUGUAACAAAUCCUAUUGCUAUUACUAUAAAAUAUUCUGUCAAGAUUCUUGCCGUUUUGAAUAUUAAGGGUAAUGUAACCAAAGCUUUGCAAUUUAAACGCACAAAUAUCCAUUAUGUAUCCAAGAUGAAAACAUGAAACUUUGCCUUCUAAAUGUAAACACUAGUGAUUUAAGACUCGGAGGCUGUAAGAAUAUUUAUAUAUAUUUUUUAAUACUAAAACAUGGAAGUUGAUAUGGUUCUCUAUUGUAUGCAUCAUAAAUGUGUCACUUAUGUUUGGUGUAAUAAAUUGACUUCCAUUCGUAACAUCACGCAUAGCAUCACCAAGAAUUUAGCAUUUGAGUCACCACCCAAGUGAUAAAAAAUAUAUUUAAUCAGCACGAAAGUGCAACUAAAACCUGGUAAAAUCUGUACAGUUUAAUUUUGUUUUGAAUUUAUUUUUAACUGCAGUAUUUAAUUUAAUUUAAUUUAGUGACAGCAAAACAUGUUUUUCUCAAGUUAUGAUUAUAUUUUUGCAUUGAUGAUAGAUUAUAUUUCAUUUAUUGUUGUAGAUUUGGUUAGUUGGUGUAAGCAUUAAAAAUAUUUUCGAAUAUUCCACCAUAUUGUGUAUGAUUUCAAAUAUACGGGAAUAAGUAUUGUCUGAAAAUUUAUUUUGAAUGACAUUUCACUUAGGCAUAAUUUUGGCCAAAAUAAUUCUCACUGAGUGUGUAAAUUUUUUUGUUUGAAAACAUUUUAAAUUUUUUAAAUUUAAGACUCUUUUUGUUUGUGAAAUAUUUAAGUGGCCAGAGAUGAAAGUUUUAAUUUUUAAAAAUGAAGGCCAUUUUUCUCAUUUCAUAAUGUGACAGAAUACUGACAUUUACUGUUGCUUGAGAUUGAGAGAUUGAUACUUUAAAUUUCAGAUUAUUUCAAAUUAGUGGCUGUGAGUUGUAAUGCCGGUUUAGACUUACAACAUAUAAUAUUUUUAUAUCAUGUAAUUACGUGUGAGGGCAUUCACCAAGUGAUACUGACGUCAUGUUUGUUAGUAUGUAAACUGCCGUUAUAAGAGAAUUACUGUAAGAUUGUAUGGAGACUUGUUACCAUUGAUGUAGCUGAUAUCUUUUGUUCUUAUUUUUAAAAUAUUUUUUUAAUGGUACUGCAAGUUUACAGGUUUUUUAUGUAUUGCUUGUAGACAUUGAAAAUAACCCUUUAUUAGAGUUGACAAACUGUGUAAAUGACAGCUACUAAGCAACAAUUUUCUGGUUAUAUUGUACUGAGCUUAAUUUAGUUAUGUUUGAGUUAAUGGCGAGCUAAGCACUUGAUAACCCUUAACACCUGAGAUAAUCUCCACAGAUAUAUUAAACAUUUAACUGUGAAGGGAACAAUAUAAAUAGCAUUAAUGUUUACAUGUAUACUUCUACUUUCAUAAUGGUUUGCAUGUUUUGGAAUUUGACAUGAUAAAGUUUUUACUUAAAUUGCUGCAAAAAAAAAAUAAAAAUACUUUAAACCGUAAAUGCGAAAAAUUCUAUAAAAAUUGCAGAUUUUACCUAUUAGGCAGUGCAAAUGUCAUGUUUACAAGUCUCUUGCUUAAAGAGUUUGACUUGAUGUUGAUCAGGUAUUAUUUUAUUAACAGAUUUACAUAUUUGAGUAAAAUUAUAAACAACUCAGUAAAAAAUGAGAUGCUUAUUAGCAACCAAACCGUAAUAUUUUAACAGCUAUGUUGGUUAAGAUGAACAUUAUUCCAGAAGUGCAGUUAGAUGCAAAAACAAAAACAAAAACCUACUUGUGAUUCUAUAAAAGUAUACAUUAACAAGGGGUAAAAAAGAUGAUACUUUUUAUCUGUUAAAAUUAUACUUCAGCCAUGCAAAUAUUAGUAAAGAUUGUUAAAAUUGGCAUAAAAACUGGCGGUGGCAAAAUGCAUGAUACAUAUUGUGUUAACAUUUCCCUUCUAGGAUUUAAAUACUUUGUUUUAAUUUAAAAUAUAAAAUUUUUAGUGAUAAAAAAUAUAUCACUUGAAAAUUUUAUUCCGUCAGUAGAGACCCGGAAAUUUUGAGAGUUCAGUGAACUGCAGGACUUCACGGUACUGUGUUUUAUCGAGCCUUAUUUGAUGAUUGGCUGCCGCCCUUGAGAUAAAACAUUCUCGUCGUGAAUUACUUGAAUGUUGAUUCGUCCAUUCAUAUGCUGACGGUUUGUUAGUGAUUUAAACUUCAAACUACCUUGUGGCAUGUCAAACUGUAGCUCAGUUGAAGAGCUCUUAAAAGUGUUGGCUUUACCCUUAACCUGGGGCAAAACCAACAACUUCGGCGUCCUCCCAGGAGUCUCAACAGACAAGCCAACACAAACAUGAUUUGCAAAAAGAAAUUAUUUUCGCGCAUCUGUUUGACCACAAUUGACCCUUAUUUCUCUUACUUAUACUUUUUUUUUAAAUUGUAGUUUUCAAUUAUUUUGUAAUCUGGUUCAUCGAUGUGUAAGAUAAUCAGUUUUGUUGUGGGUGUUAUUUUUUUUAACAAAUUUCCAUCCCUUACUAUUCAUUAUACUGAGUGUUACAAAAAGAUAUAAUUUUUUUGGUGGAGCAAUAUAAUUGCCCUUCAACUUAUUAAAAUUUUUAUUGUUACAGUUUUAUAUAUAUAUACAUACACACACACACACACACACCUAAAAAUCCCUACGCCCGGGCAUAAAAAAAAAAUAAAACUUGUUUCACCUUAAAAAAACCAGUUUCUGCAGUGGCCGCUAGUGUCUCAGUCGGGAAAGUUUCUACCUGAAUCUUGUCAAUACUAAUUUAAUUCACGCAGUUAUAUGUCAUAACUAUACUGACACCUCGCCACAAGUUACCAUAGUUGUAAGUACAUUUUCAAGAGAAAGGUCACUUUAACUUCUGUGGGAAUUGAUCGUUUACUAACUUCGUGGACUGUCUCAAGGCAUUAAACAGCCAGGUAACCAUUUACACGAGUCGGCAAAAAUAACGCAUCCCUGCCGGUAUUCGGACAGGCCAUCACUGGUCAGUUGCGACUUACUUGUUAGCACGCCCGUGCUUCACGAGCCGCGCCUGAAAACACUCUUUCUUCAUGUUGCAAAAGAAAAUCCUCAUGAACUCAUCAUUUCGACCACACAUCCCAUUUACGUUACGUUUCAAUUCUUUCCUUUGAUUUAUUUCGUUACAAUUCAAGAAUUUAAUCAAUCCAAUUCAAUUCAAUUUAAAUACUUUUAUUUCAUUACUAAUGGGUAGAGACACGGAAAUGUCGGGCAUUCAUUUAGUCGCAAGUUAGAAUGCGAACCUCCACACUCUCGCACUGUGUUCAUGAUUGGCCCGCAGUUACUUAAGACAGUAAAUACUCAUUUGGUAACCAACAAAUACUAAAAUACACUCUAAAAACGGGGUUGUCUGUAAAGUCGGUUUACGGACGAUAAUUUUACGUGAUAACGUCAUAAGAAAACAUUGAUGAAAAAUUGCAUACGUUUUAAUUUUCAAAUAUUAUUUACAGUUAUUGGAAAUUUAAUUUAAAUAAUUUUUUUAAAUAUAAUCACGAACAAUUAGUUAAAAAGCCCGCCUUAACCUGUUUGAUAUUAUGGAAGAUUUUCUGGCACGGUGGUUGACCGGUUCUUGCACGCUCGGCUCAGGCGGAACGUGACAAUUUUUUGUGCGUGCAGCCGGCGUUCAUCAAUUUAUAAGACGUUAUGACGUCAAAAAUAUAACUCAUGAAUAAAUACUAAAAUAGAAUAAUAUGCAUUAUGUUCCAGCAACAGUUCUCAAACUUUCUAUAAGCACAGUACCAACUUGUUUUAACCACUGUAGUAAAGCCUAUGAAAUGUCUGGUAAAACUUAUAAUUAUACUUUACUAAAAUAAAAUAAAAAAUACUAAACUUAAACAUAAAAUCUAUUGAAAAUAGCAGGAACAAAACUAAACUUACGGAAACCUAAAAGGGGCUUGGUGCAAAUGCCACAAAUGGUUCAGUUGUCCCGAGUUCAACAAGUUUUUAAAUGAACUCUUAAAAUUUCCGGGUCUCUACCCAUCAGUUCAGAUAUACUCACAGAUAAUUAUAAACAAUUUUAAAAACACACUAACUGUAUCACUGCAAAUAAAACUAUUUUAAAAAAUUUGUUUUGGGGAAAUAAGGCAUGGUAUUAUGGAAAUAGUAAUUCAACUUUAACUGGUAUACGUGUUACGAUAUAAAUUUGGUAUCUGGUUUUCUCUGUUUUUGUAGCCAUACAUAGAUAAGAAUCAGUGAAGAAAAUCACUGCAAAUAAAACUAAUUUAAUAAUUUGUUUUGGGGGGAUAAGGCAUGGUAUUAUGGAAAUAGUAAUUCAAUUUUAACUUGUAUACUUGUUACGAUAUAAAUUUGGUAUCUGGUUUUCUCUGUUUUUGUAGCCAUACAUAGAUAUAAGAAUCGGUGAAGAAUAAUCAGUUGUACCGUCACGAGAAAACACACAUAAUCCAGAGACUGGAGGCAGUUAUUUAAACUUAUUUUGUGAAUUUCCAGUUUUACUGUGGUAAUUAUAACACUAGCAUGUGUGUGAUUAAGUGAAUUGCUCAAAUAUUAUAUCAAGCCGGCUGUUGCGUACUGCAGUAGUGUUCAAAUUUGCAAGUUGCAUAUUACAUAACACUUUAAUCUACUGUACUGUUAGGAAUGCUAAAACACUUAUGCUUAGAGCCAUGAUUAUUUUACAGAUUCAUUGGGUAGCAAAGUAGACUUUAAGCACAUAUGCAUCUGAUUCACGUUCAUGACGACGACUCUGCUCUUGACACUUCUUGACAACUCUGAGCCAGUCAUGAACAAGGAGAAGUGGUAACCCAAUCAUGUUUGACCCGCCGAAGGAUGUGGCCUUGUUAUCAACCAAUGAGUUCGCCAAAAAGGCUCGAUUAUUUAUAGACAAGUUCAGUCUAGUUUGGGGUGAAAUGAAUCUGUGAAAUAAUCGUGGUUCUACUGAUGAUUCUAGAAGUAGUUAAUAAUAUAAGUUAAGAAAUAUCAGUUCACAAACUUACAGUUAGAGCAGCUUUUUCAGGCCCCAGGGGGUCUCCACAUUCCAUAAAAUAUAAUUUUCACGUGUACUUUGUCACAAGCUGUGGGUUUCUCGCACCUCGACAAUAUGUUUUGUAGGUACAGAUAGAAAUGCUUUGUUUGGCUGGCAAUUCACAGCAUGCAAAAUUAUACUGAGGCUUAUUAUUUUUUUUUAAAUCUUUUGAGAUCUUGUUAAAUCAAUAAUUUAUAUGUUAAAUUUAGAAUAUCAGAUUUUUGAGUUUAAUAGUUAUAUUUUAGUUUAGUUUUAAUCAACACUAUGGUUAGGGACCGGAAAAAUUUGCGGGUUCAAUGACCUGUAGGAUGAACUCCAUAGUUCUACGUACACUCUGUCAAAUGCCACCCACUCAUUGGCUGCUGUCUUGUGAGACGUCCCAUCGUAGCAGCCUGUGAUUCGAUAAAGCUUUGAUCAUGUUUCUCACUGGCCCAGAGUCAUCCAGGUGAGUUGUGAGCCAAUAGCACAGGCAGCACUGAGGUAUAACAAUUUGCAUUUUAGCCUAUCGCGAAAUGAAUUCGCGAAUUUUUCCGGUCUCUAAUUAUGGUUUUUCACAACCUUGGUUAUGUUUUAGUUUAUUAAAGAAAACUUUUCAUUGGAACUGUAUUUGUAAAUGAUAAUAAAUUUUUUCAGAUAAAUAUA